GUUGAUCACUUUGGAUUUGAUGAAAAUCUUACAUUCCAGCAGCGAUACCUGAUAGCGGAUCAACACUGGAAGAAAGAUAAUGGACCAAUACUGUUUUAUACAGGCAAUGAAGGAGACAUCACAUGGUUCUGCAAUAACACGGGUUUCAUGUGGGAUGUGGCUGAAGAACUUAGUGCCAUGUUAGUAUUUGCUGAACAUAGAUAUUAUGGAGAAUCUUUGCCCUUUGGAAAUGAGUCUUUCAGUGACUCCAAGCAUCUGAAUUUCCUGACCUCAGAGCAAGCGCUGGCUGAUUUUGCGGUGUUGAUUGGGUACUUGAAGGAGAACAUUGUAGGAGCCCGUUUUAGCCCCGUCAUCGCAAUUGGAGGCUCCUAUGGGGGGAUGCUGGCAGCUUGGCUUCGAAUGAAGUACCCUCAUGCAGUAGUUGGAGCUCUGGCAGCCUCUGCCCCAAUCUGGCAGUUUGGUGAUUUGGUUCCUUGUGGCACUUACUUCAGUAUAGUGACUAAUGAUUUCAAAAAGAGUGGGAAGGGCUGCUCUGAAAGCAUCCGGAAUUCCUGGAAUGCCAUUAACCAUCUUUCUUCAACAGAUGCAGGUUUGCAGUGGCUCUCCAGCACAUUUCACUUGUGCAGCCCAUUAAAAACUCCUCAGGAUGCUGCUGUAUUGAAGAGCUGGCUGAGUGAGACCUGGGUGAACUUGGCUAUGGUGGACUAUCCCUACAAAGCUGACUUCUUACAGCCUCUGCCAGCUUGGCCCAUACAGGUAGUCUGCAAAUUCUUGACGGAUCCCAGUCUUCCAGACAAGCAGCUGCUGCAGAAUGUUUUCCAGGCGGUAAAUGUCUACUACAACUACUCAGGAGAAGCCUCCUGCUUUGACAUGUCUCAGACCGCCACCAAGAAUCUGGGCCAGAUGGGCUGGUACUACCAGGCUUGCACUGAGAUGGUGAUGCCCAUGUGCACAGAUGGUGUCAAUGACAUGUUUGAGCCCCAGAAGUGGGACUUUGAUGCCCUUUCGGAGGAGUGUUUCAAGCUGUGGGGAGUGAGGCCUCGCCCCUCUUGGAUUCUUUCCAUGUAUGGAGGGAAAAACAUCAGCUCCCACAGCAACAUCAUCUUCAGCAACGGCGGCCUGGAUCCGUGGUCUGCGGGGGGGGUGACGCAGAACAUCAGCGAUUCCCUCGUGGCCAUCGUGAUCCCCGACGGAGCCCAUCACCUGGACCUCCCCUGGAGAGGAGACAGGCACAUGAAGAGCAUGUUCCAGUAA